GACGGGACAGUCAUCCUCCUAAAGUAUCAGAGAAGCCUAGUGAUGGAGUACCUCUUGAGAAGGUAGUUCGGUCAGGUAAAAAGGUCAAUUUUGUCGGACUUGAUAAAGACGCAGUUGAAAGAUCUUCAAAAGGCGAAGAAACUCCGUUACCUGAAAACAAUUCACCUGCAAAGCGCAAGAGGGCUGAAAUAGCUGGGUCUCUUUCUAGUGAGAAAAAUGCAAUAAGAAACCAAAUAGUUGAGAUGCUUCUGAGUGCAGGCUGGACAAUUGAAUAUAGACCCAGGAAUGGCAGAGAGUAUAAGGAUGCAGUUUAUGUCAAUCGUGAAGGAAAAAACUCACUGGUCAGUUACUAAGGCAUACAAUUCACUUCAGCUAGAAGCUGAAGAGGGUAAGGCUGGUGAGAACUUUACCUUUAAUCCAUUACCAGCAGAAGUACUCAGCAAAUUGUUUAGAGUUGUAUCCAAGACAAGAUCAGACAAGAACAAGAAAAAAAAGAAUAAUCAAGAUGGUGAUACUUCUGAUGAAGAAGGUUCUGCAAGUCGUAAGGCAGGAGCUAAGCAAAAACAUUCUUCUUUAGAAAGGAAACCCUCAGUUCGGGUUGGGGCACAAGGUAGGAGGCGGUGUGCCUUGGUGGUGCGCAGGUCUAAUCAGGGUUCAACUUCAGAGAUUGAUGGAACUAUUGCUCAUUCUGGAAAGCAUAGUGUUCUUGCUUGGAUGAUUGAUUUGGGCACUGUUAGUCUUGAUGGAAAAGUGCAUUAUAAGAACCACCAUGAAGCUGGAUCAGUACUCGAGGGAAGCAUUACAAGAGAUGGCAUUCAUUGUUUCUGUUGCAAGGAAAUAAUCUCAGUUUCUGAUUUUGAGAACCAUGCAGGUAGCAAACUUUGCCAGCCCUAUGAGAAUAUUUACCUUGAAAGUGGCUCUUCACUAUUACAAUGUCUGCUGGAUUCCUGGAACAAACAAGAUGAGACUGGUCGUUUAGGGUUUCAUGGUGUCAAUGUUAAUGUUGAUGACCCAAAUGACGAUACCUGUGCAAUCUGCGGAGAUGGCGGGGACUUGAUGUGCUGUGAUGGCUGUCCAUCAACAUUUCACCUGGACUGUUUAGAUAUUGAGGAAUUACCUUUGGGUGAAUGGCACUGUGUUUUUUGUUCGUGCAAAUUUUGUGGUGUAGGUGGUGAAUCUGCAACUGCAACUGAGGAAGUUGAGAGUGAUACAGUCUCUUCUCAAUUGGUCACUUGCACUUUUUGUGAGGAAAAAUAUCACAUAUCAUGUAUAAGUGAGGAGGACAAUCUCUCUGCCAAAUCUCGAAGGCUAGACUUUUGUGGGAGAAACUGUGAACAGAUGUCUGAGCGGUUAAAGAGUCUUCUAGGAGUAAAAUGUGAUUUGGGAGAUGGAUAUUCAUGGACUCUACUUCAACGGUCUGACUUCAAAGAAGAUUCUGUUAUCUUGGAAUCCCAAAAGAUUCAAAACAAUUCUAAAUUGGCUGUGGCUCUCUCUGUCAUGGAGGAAUGUUUUUUGCCUAUUAUUGACCUCAGAAGUGGUGUCAAUUUGAUACGCCAUGUCAUCUAUAGCUGCGGAUCAAAUUUUAACCGAUUAAAUUUUAGCAGCUUUUUAACUGUUGUAUUAGAGAAAGGAGAUGAAGUUAUAUCCGCAGCUUCCAUCAGAAUUCGUGGGAAGCAGCUAGCAGAAAUGCCAUUCAUUGGCACACGCAAUGUUUACAGGCGCAAAGGAAUGUGCAGACGUCUACUUGCUGCUAUUGGACAGGCUCUUGGCACUCUAGAGAUUGAGAACCUGGUCAUCCCUGCUAUUACUGAACUUAUGAAUACGUGGACUUUAGUAUUUGGUUUCAACCCUUUAGAAGAAUCUGUAAGAGAAGAAAUGAGAUCAAAGAAUAUGUUGGUAUUUGCUCAUACUGAUAUGCUGCAAAAACCGAUUGUAAAACAACAGUUUGGUGAGAAAAGCACAUCCUUUAUAGAGAAAGAUGCGGAUUCUGGUGUAUCUCAGAAUUACCAGAUAGACUGUCCUGCUGUUAAAACUGAUGCUGAUAAGCCUGAAAUUGAUGAUGGCUGUUUAAACGGUAAAUUCGACUUGAAUUGUGUUGCUCCUAAUGCCCCUGACUCUUCGUCUGAUGAAAAAUGUCUGGUUCAUCCUGAUUCUGAUGCUGAGAACUGUGAAGAUAAUGUAAAAAGAAGAAUGAAUUAUGGAGAUGAUAAAAAUGAUGAUGGUCGAACUGGGGCAUCUGAUAUUGUCAUGAAUUCUUCUGAGCUUAGGACCCUGCAUCCCGACUUGAAUUUGAUGGCGGAAAAUGAGUCUUUUUCUGAUGAGAAAAGUCAUGGCUGUCAUGGUCCUGAUACUAUGAACUUUGACGAGGUAGCAAAAAGUACCUCAAAUUCUUCUGGUCUUACUAAUGUCAAGGAGUGCUGUACUGUUGAAAGUGACGAUGAUCAAAAUGGGGAUUCUACUUCUGUCAGAAGUUCUGAGGAAAAGGCUCUUAAAUAUGACUUGAAUUUAGAGGGAAAGUUCUUGGAGGACGAUGACAGUUUGCCUUCCAAUUCGAGAAGUGUCGGAGCCCCAAUUUCCAGACUAGAUGGGCAAAAACCAAUUGACCAUAUGACAAAGCAAGCAGAUGAUAACCUUUUGGAAGUGACUAACUGUUGUAGCAGCCAAAAUCUAGAUGGUGAAACAGGGCUGUCAGGUUUUCCGGCAGGUGGUCAGGUGUCAGAGAUAAAAUGCUCUGAAGUUGAGACAAGUAAAGCUCAUGAUUUGGGCUCCAAUACUGGGGACCUUACUGCUGGAGCUGAGUUGCUUACAAAAUCUACCAAGUGUUCUGAGUCUAAUUCAUUAGUAGUGUGCACUAGGGUCGCACAGGUCACUUCUGAGUCCUCGUGUAAUCUGAGCUCUGCUGCUGGUGAGAGCUGUGUUGCUGGUGUAUUUCAUGGCAGUGGCAUUGCUAAGGUUGGUCCAACAAAAUCUUAGAUGAAGAGAGAUCUCAAGGUGAAAGUAGAUAUGCCAUUGUAUAAAUUUUAGUUGGCAGAUUUAAAGGCCAUCAUAGCUCAUUCACGCCUUGUUCAUAGACUGUGCAGUUAGUAUGUUGUAGUUUGCAGUUCUAUCUUCAUUUUCUUCUUUUGUCCUUUUUGACCCCCUUAUAUGACCGAGUCUGAGAAGCAAAUCAUCAAACGAGGAGCACAAACGGGGAAUUAUCGUACCUUUACCAGUGUACAUUUUGGUAUAGUAUUAGCAUUAUGACAGUGACCAGUUUUCAGUAUCUUGACAGGAAGGCAGAGAAUCUUACACCUUUAGAUUGCUGACCAUUUUUUUACAAUACUCAACGCAGCGAAAGUCCUCUUGCAAGGGUUGCUGUCUUUUGAUAUGAAACAUUAGAGAUGCCAUUGUCAGUUGAUUCAAGCAUUCAUUUGGCGGACUUUUGCUAUUGUAUAUUUCAUGAACUCCUUAUGGAUCCUUUUGAGUACAUAGGCUAAGAGGGCCUCGGUAUAGUUAUGUUUAGGAGUAUUAUCUUAAGUUCUCAUUCUAUGGCCCCUUGCUUUUGUUUUUUGUAAAUGGAAUGAAGAAACAAUGAAACAGGCUCUUUUGCUGAUUAUAUACAGUAACAAUUUCUCAAGCAAUGACUCAAUUUGCUUCCCAA